AUGUCCGACUCAACCCCCCAAGCCUCCACCGGCCAGUCCCUCCUCGACUCCGCCAAAGGCUACGUCCAGUCCGGCAUCGCCGCCGUGACGGGCAGCACGGGCGACCAAGCCAAAGCCGACCAGACGCACAACAAAGCCGCCGCUGAAGCCAACGCCUCCGAAGCCGCAGUCAAAGCCGGCCCAUUCACCCUCUCAUCCUCCGGCGCCGUCGCCAAGGACUCCCAGGACCGCUCUCAGGGCCAGUGGGAUCAGACUGUGGGAUCGGGCAAGGAGACUUUGGGAAACUUGUUGGGGAAUGAGAAUCUGAAGCAGCAGGGUCGGGAGCAGAACUUGGCUGGGCAGGGACAGGAGGCGAAGGGGCAGUUGAGUGAUCUGGGACAAGGGAUCAGUGAUCGUGUGCAAGGGACGCUGGGUGGUGCGGUCGCGGGGUUGACGAAUGAUCGGGUUAGUCAGGAGAAGUAUAAUGCGAUGCAUGAUGAGGGGAAGUCGAGGCAGAGGGGUGUUGAGGCGGACCUUGACAAGAUGGCUGAGGCAGAGGCUAAGAAGCAGUGA